UCAACUGUUUUGUUUGUGUAGUGACAGAGAAAUAAGUGUCAUUGGAGACGUUCGCAUGCAUGCACCAUUUUUGUGGAUAUUUACAAUACAGUUUUCUUCCGCUUUUGACUACGCAGAAAAGAUGGGCGAAGUCGAACUUGAUUUGCGACAACCCGCUUUAGAAGAACAGUCUGUCGGUUGGUUGGUGAAGGUUGGUGCUGCGAUGGACAUCUAUAUAGAAAAUGUCAGCGGAAAGAGGAAGACCAUCAUCGAUUCGAUAUUCCGUAUGCCUUUGAUUGGCUUAAUGAUUGUCUGUGCGACACUUGGACCGUUCUCGGACAAUCGUCUGUUAGAUCUUCCGCUUAGUCUUAUUCGAAUAUAUUCAUGUUUACUUUGGCUCGUUAACAUCAAAGCAGGACUUCAAACUUUGUUCCCGGCGUACCGAGAUAUGCUGAUGUGCAUCUUAGCAUCUUGGCUAUCGCAAGCUGUUUAUUGGACCCUCAGAAGCAACCUUGAUGGACAAUGUUUUCAAGACAUAUUUGGCAUAAACAUUUCUAAAGAAUCUGUUGAUAGUAAUUUGCCUUUACUAACAGCUUUGGUCUUAAGUUCGUUUCAUUUAAAGUAUUGCUCAAAAUGGGCUGUGUUGUUAAAUGUCUUUCCAAUUGCGGUCAUUUAUUUACCUGUUUUUAAUGAAUCACGUCUUCUUACUGAAAUAUAUUUCUGGAGUACCCAAAGUGUAUACAUUAUGUUUCUUUCCGGUCUUGACGAGUAUUAUGAUGAAGUAGAAAAUGUAAGAUUACAAAAGAUUAUUUCAAAAAUAACACUACAGCUGCAGAAUGAGACGAAUGAGGAAUCAGUAAGAAUAUCUUCUGAAAGGCUGCAUGAGUAUAUCAAUGUAUAUAACCAACGUAAAUCUAAUAUAAAUUCGAUUGUGAUGCAGAGCAUGUUUCAUUGGGUUAACCUUGCCAUCGUCCCUUUCAUAAUACAGUUACUGAUAGUUGUUCUUCUUUCUGAUCUUGAACUUUCUGGCUUCAUACCGUUGUACCGUUGCGUCUCUAAAAGCCCAUUAAACUUUGUUUCCGCUAUUGGGUUAGCGUCUUUAAUUUCAAAACUAUUUGUCUACAGUAUGUAUGUUGUAAUUCGAUUCAUAGGCAUCCAGCCCAGCCAGUUAAAUUUUGACGUAUUACAUUAUUAUAUCGCUUUCGGAUCACUAUCGCUGUUUCACGACACAGACUUCGUUUUUCUAGAUACUUAUUCGAGACAAAGCAUUUUUCCAUUAAUACUUGUUUGUUUUCUAUCUAUAGUGAUUUGCGUUACCAUAGAUAAAGUUGAUGAUGAGAUAAUAGGCAUUGUGAAUGAAGGUGCUAGUGGGAAAAUGUUUAUGUUAUUCCGAAUUUUGACAACUUCGGUAAUACUUAUUGUUGGUUACAUAUACAUCUCAACAACUGUAGCAAACUAUUCAGUGCUAAGUGUAUGGACUUACAUGUUCUUAACCAAAAGCAGCUGUGUUUUAGUGAAAUGUGUAGGCCUUUUUCUGAGCAACAUUUUACUUUUAAUAUCACAUUUUCCGUUUCGUUUCCAAGAUCAUGCGAUGAACAUGUCUGAACAUAUGAGUGUAAUCAAAAUGUGUGCACUUUUUAUAGACAACGCUAUUCACUUUUACACUCGCAUGUUUUGUCCGAUUAUGACUUCAUGGUUCCUGCUCAGACUUCCUAUCAAUCUCAUCGGCUUUGUGGCCACCUUAGUAUUAGCGCAGAAAGACUGGAAAAACUAUUCAUUUCACAGCAAUGUCCGAGCUUUCAUAGAUGGACUACCAGAUAUCUUACAAAAUAAUGAAUGUUUAAUAUGUAGGGCUCCUCUGGAAGUGUGCAAACAAUUACCUUGUCAACACAUGUAUCACGGCGACUGUUUAAAGAGAUGGUUUCGUAAACGAAUUACGUGUCCUUUAUGUAAUGCACAGUUUGAAAUACCACAAGCUCAAACAUUUAUUGGUAAUGUGUUUUCAAACAUAACACAUCGCAUAUUCAGAAGGUGAAUAGGCUAAUAUAAGCAAUGUGCACGUCGGAUCAUUCAUAGGUAAUGAAGUGGAAACAAAUAUUCGAAACAAAAUCGUGAUAAAAAGAUAAAUACUGGAAAUUUUAUUUUAGCUAAAUUGAUUAAAGUAUGCUUUUCUUUGGAGUGUGUUGCAUGUUUGCAUGUCUAGCAAAUGCAAACGAAAAACAAGAUGUAAAAAUGACAAUUUUAAAAGGUAAAUCAUGCUAUUGAUGACGUUGGUGAGUUUUUUAUCAACAAAUUUCCGUAUUUCAACAAAGGGUUGUCCGCAAAACUUAAACCUACAUGAUCUGCGCAUGUGACACAUUGCUUUUUGUAACACGUAACUGUAAAUGCAGCGUAACGACGAAAAAGUUAUUGGGAAAAAAACAUGUUUAAUUGAUACUUAUUUUGAAAUGAUAAUAUAAUAGUGCGAGAUGCCAAAUAAUGAAAAAAUAUAUAUAAAAAGGUAAAAACUGAUACAUUAACCAGAAUUAUCAGAUGCAUAAUUGUCAUGUGUUGCUUUUAAUGUGUAUAUUAUAAUUUAUGUCAUUCAUACAAUAAAGUGACACAUUAAAUAUCGUUUUAUAUUCUAAGAGCUUAAAAAAACUAAAAUUUAUGGCUUUCUUUGGCUGUUUGGCUGUGCUAAGAUUUGCAUUUUUGCUACAUUAUUUCAUGUAUCGUUUGUAUAUUAAUUUUGUAUGAAUUUAUGUUUCAUUUAAUUUUCUAAAAGUAUAGCAUUUUAUGAGUGUAUUCUUAAAAUUAAUUUGUCGUUGCUUUAAUGUGUGUUAAUGGAGUAUUUUAAUUAGUAGAACUUUUGUUGUACGUGAUAUCUGUGUUAGUAAUAGUUCACCCUGACUCUCACUUGCGUUAUAUCAUACGUGUUUACUAUUCGUUUUCAUAUUUAGAUUUCCUUGAUUUUUAAUAUACGGAUAUAAUGAUCAUAUAAGUAUGUUAAUUUUACAUUUUGACCAUAUUUCUGCUUGUGUAGUUGCAAACUUUACCUUUCUUUACAA